AUGCAAAAUUAUCAAACGUAUUCAAAGGAAAUACCCCAUAGCACAACAUGUACUCCACAACUGAAAACUAUUAUUAAUACUACUACUACUACUACUACUACCACUACUAGUACUACUACUGUAGCGGCUAUAACCACUGCUUCCGUAAAUACUACCAUCGAUAGUCCUAUAACUACCUCAAGUUAUAUGAUCACGAGUAAUACUGUAACUGGUUACAAAAAUAAAUCAGAGCUGAAAUCCACCGGAGAAGUUAUUCCGUCAUAUCCAUCAUCUACUUUAAGUGUUAUUUCUGUUCUCCCUAAUUGCAUUAUUACGACUAGUAGUACAACACACCCAACCACUGAAAUAACAGAUUCAAAUAAAAAUGAAUUAUCAACAUUUUGUUUGUUACCUACUCAGACUAAUAUUUACACUACUGUUUCUACUGUCAAUAGUACUGUUAAUGAUAAUGUUGUUACAUCUAGUCCGCUGACAAAUUUAACUUCAUCACAUCAGUUCAAUCAAUCAACUUCUAAGAUAAUAUCUAAACAUUCAGAUUUGAGUUUAUUGAAACCUAAUCGACCAUCACUGAUUCGUAGAAAAGCAAAUAUAUCUGAAUCGGAUGCAUUUGAUAUUAUUAAUUCUGUAAAAAUUAUUACAACUAAUACAACAAAUAGUAGUAGUAGUAAUAAAGUAGUAUAG